AUGGGUUCGACAACACAGUUUCCCCGCAUUAAGGAGAUCCGCACCUUCGUCAUUGACGGUGUCGGCUCCGGCGGUGAUUACCAUAAUGUCAAGGGCGGCCACUGGCUCAUCGACAGUAGCAUUUCGACUCCCAUGACCAAAUGGGCGCAGUAUCGCGGCUCGCGUACUUCCUGGGGUAUUAACGUGCUGGGAUCUUUCUGUGUCGAGAUUGAGGCCACCGAUGGUACUAAGGGCUUUGCGACCGGCUUCGGUGGCCCUCCUGCUUGCUGGCUCACCCAUCAGCACUUCGAGCGGUUCCUGAUUGGAGAAGACCCCCGCGACACCAACAACCUGUUCGAGAAGAUGUACCGCGGCUCAAUGUUCUAUGGUCGCAAGGGUCUGCCUACCGCCGUGAUCUCGGUCAUUGACUUAGCCCUCUGGGAUCUCAUUGGUAAGAUUCGCAACGAGCCCGUCUACAAGAUGAUCGGUGGUGCCACUCGUGAGCGCUUAGAUUUCUACUGCACUGGACCCCAGCCAGCGUCUGCUAAGGCCGCAGGCUUCAUUGGAGCCAAGGUUGCUCUGCCCCACGGCCCUGAUGAGGCUACCGAGGGUCUGCUAAAGAACGUCGAGUACCUGCGCCUGCAGCGUGCCAGCGUUGGACCCGACUUCCCUCUGCGUGUCGACUGCUACAUGUCCCUCACUGUCCCCUACACCAUCGAGCUGGUCAAGCGCUGCGAGGCUAUCGGCCUGAACAUUGACUGGUGGGAGGAAUGCCUUUCGCCCGAUGACUUCGACGGCCACGCUCUUCUGAAACGCGCUCACCCCACUGUUAGGUUCACCACCGGUGAGCACGAAUACUCCCGGUACGGCUUCCGCAAGCUCGUCGAGGGCCGUAACCUCGACAUUAUUCAGCCCGAUGUUAUGUGGCUGGGUGGCUUGACUGAGCUCCUCAAGGUCUCUGCUCUCGCUGCCGCCUACGACAUUCCCGUCGUGCCCCACGCCUCCGGUCCUUACUCCUACCAUUUUGUCGUCUCCCAGACCAACUGCCCCUUCCAAGAAUACCUGGCCAACUCCCCGGAUGGCAAGUCUGUUUUGCCUGUCUUCGGUGAUCUCUUCCUGAACGAGCCUAUCCCUACCAACGGAUACCUCGAUGUCUCGAUCUUGGACAAGCCUGGAUUUGGCCUUGAGCUCAACCCUGCUGCCAAGCUAAUCCCGGCCUCUGCUCUCCUCACCCCCGCGCCGCAGAAGGCCCUGCGGGCUCCCGAGGAGCAAGUCAAUGGCACGACUGCUUAA